AUGGUUGAUAUUGUUCCCUAUCAUCAUAAAUAUUUGGAAGAAGUCUGCCAACUUAUAAAAAAAGAUUUAAGUGAGCCUUAUAGCAAAUAUGUGUAUCGGUAUUUCGUGCAUCAAUGGCCUGAAUACAAUUUUGUUGCUUUGCUCGAUGGGCAGAUGGUUGGUGCUGUUAUAAGCAAACAAGAUAUUCAUCGUGGACAAAGUCUUCGAGGCUAUAUCGCUAUGCUGGCCGUCAAAGAUUCUCACCGAGGAAAGGGUAUUGCAACUCUACUAACAAAGGCGAGUUUAAAUGUCAUGAUCGAAAAGGGUGCCCAAGAAAUUGUUUUAGAAACUGAAGUAGAUAAUGAUGCAGCAAUGUCUUUCUAUGAACGACUAGGCUUUUGCAGGUACAAAAGGCUCUACCGAUAUUAUUUGAACGGUACAGAUGCGUUUCGCUAUAUAUUAUACCCUUAA